AUGCAAAUGCAUAUGCAACGCAUCUUCGAGGCAAAAGGCAUACUGGGUUCGCGCAAUAGUGUGACCUGCGGGCGCAGAUGCAGCGCAGGUAGCCAGACAGUGUCACCUGCGGCCGCAGAUCAGGCGCAGGUCCAGCACAGACUGAGCGCAGGCACUACAACAUAUAGCGCGGUUCAGACGUUCUACAAUAGACCUAUCAACCUUGUUUCGUCUAUUAAAUCUAUUAGAAACUCCUUCUUCCCACUUCUCUCCACCUUUAUCGUUUCUCAAACCAUUUUCACUUCGGUCUCUCUUCUUUUGGCGCUAAUAUUGGCGUUUGUAGUCCGAAUUCUUCAAUCUCUAGGGCUCAAACACGACUCGAAUCACUUGUUUUCGUUUGUUAUUUUUGGAUUGAUUGUGCUCGUACCAGUUCUGAUAUGGCUACAGGUGAACUGGUCGUUAGCUUAUGUGAUAGCAGUAGUAGAAUCAAAAAAGGGUUACGAGACACUAAGGAGAAGCGUGAAUUUGGUGAAGGGGAAGCGAUGGAUAGCUUUUGGAAUUCUUAUGAAUUAUGGGCUUGUGAUUGUGUUAAUGGUGGUUGGUUCUGCCAUGUUUUUAGUCUGUGUGGAUGCUGCGAAAGGUGAUCAGUGGAGGAGUCUGGCGGUGAUGCUGCAGACUGUGUUGGGUUCGGUGUUUGGAUAUGUAUUGAUGAAUCAGUAUCUUGUCGCGAACAUGGUGUUGUAUAUGUACUGCAACGAUUUGAACAAUGAUGAGAAAUUGUCUUUGGAAACUGGUGGUGAGUACGUAUCCCUGCGAUUGGAUGAAGAGAAGAAGAGUCCUGCUAUUGUGUAG